GUGGACAAGUGUGGGACGAGAGAGUCAGCAAGUUUUUUGAUGUUGGCAACAAAUUAACCCCCUCUGUACGUAACCUUCUGUCUGCUGUUGCUGUCAAAUCACAAUCACACAACCAAACCAAAACCAACCUGGGCCGAACGGCGGACGCUUUUCAACAUGAGCAACGCAAUAACAAUAUCUGUUGUGAGGCCAAAGACAAGUCUGCUAGACAAGCCCCUAAGCAAAGGAAAAGGCGAAGUUAGUUUAAGUUCGUUUGCUUUACUUUUCUCUGAGCUUGUACAAUAUUGUCAAAAUCGUGUUUAUACUGUACCAGAGCUUCAGACCAAAUUAGCAGAAAUGGGCCAAGAUGUAGGCUCCAAAGUAAUUGAUUUAUUUUUUGUACGUGAUCGUAGUUGGAAACGAGAAACUAAACUCAUUCACAUGCUGUUCUUCAUCAAGACAACAUUAUGGAAAUCGUUAUUUGGCAGGGAAGCAGACAAAUUAGAGCGUGCCAAUGAUGAUGAAGCAACUUACUACAUUAUUGAAGAUGAACCUCUUGUCAAUAAGUAUAUUUCAGUUCCAAAAGACAAGGGGAGUCUGAACUGUGCAGUAUUUGUGGCUGGAAUUAUUGAGGCAGUACUGAAUGGGUGUGGUUUUGCUUGUAAAGUGACAGCUCACUGGCAUAAAGGGACUACUUACAUGGUGAAGUUUGAAGAUCAUGUCAUCAGUAGAGACAAGCAGUUGGGAGAUCAAAAGUCAAUGUAGACUGUCCCUUUUGGUUGUUUUCAAUACAUCAAUUAUGAUGUAUGUUUUGCAUAAUAUUAGAAUGUUUACUUUAAGAUUAUAUGUUGCUUUUUUAAAAAUGUAUAUCAAACUCAUUUUGGAAAAUACAAAUCACGUUCUCAAAAAAUGUC